AUGGCGAGGUUGCGGGUUCAAGAUCACCUGACAAGUCACGACACAUGCUCACAUGAGGAUUUUGCUCGCGGCCAGGAGGACCCAGUAGCUGCAGCUGCAGCUGCAGCCGCUGCUGAGGAGAAGGCCAAGCAGCAGCAGAAGCCCGCAUUCAGAUUUCCAUCGCAGCAGGAGUACUAUGCAAGGGUGUUUGUGGCUCCAGGUUAUGUUCCUCUGCCAGGCGCUCGAUCUGGGGCGUGGGACCCAGAGGCGGGUGCAUGGCAGCCCAUCUUUGGCCCCAUGUUCACGGACAGCGAGACGCGCAAGGGGUUUGUGGAGAAGGUGCUGGGACUCGUGCUGCUGCAGCUGCUGGCCACUGUGGCCGCGUGCGCCCUCUUCCGCUACUGGGAGCCCGCGCGCGUGGCGGUGAACGAUCAUGCAUGGAUUUUCUUUUUGCUGUGGGCGGUCUCCUUCGUGGCGGUACUGGCGCUGGCCAGCAACGAUCGCGCAAGGCAUAACCACCCCUACAACUACAUAACCUUCGGCAUAUUCACCCUGUCCUUCGCCCUCUUGACCGGCAUCAUCACGGCCUUCUUUGACACCGAGCUGCUGCUGAUGGCGCUCGGCAUGACCGCCGCAGCUGUCGCCUUCAUUUUCAUAGUCGCCGCCUCCUCCGGCUUUGACUUCACGCAAGCUGGCGGCCUACUGUACACCCUGGGCUUUGUGUUCAUGAUCAUGAUCUUUGUGGGCGUCUUUGUGCCCAGCAACAUCUACUACCUUGUCAUCAGCUCAGUCGCUGCAGUCCUGUUCACCGCCUACCUGCUGUUCGAUCUCCAGGCCAUCAUGGGCGGCCGAGCUGUGGAGCUAUCUCCAGAUGACUACGUCUAUGCAUCCGUCCAGGUGUACCUGGACGUGGUCUUGCUCUUUGUGAGCAUCCUCAACAUCCUCGCGCUGGCACAGUCUGGUGGCUCUUAA